AUGGCGAACAUUACUACAAAGAAACCUCAACUCCCAAAAUCAGUAUUGGAUAUGAAGUUUAUGAAAAAGACUAAAGAAAGAAUAGAAAGAGAAUUAGAAAACACGCAUGACCAUGGCAACUUAUACUCCAAUAUUAUUACAAAUGAAAUGCGCAGUGCUUCUGGAAAUUAUAUUUCAGAAUCAAGUUUUUUAUACUGCGAGGAUUUAAUAGAAGGUAGACUUUCAUUUAAAGGCAUGAACCCAGAUAUUGAAAAAUUGAUGGUAUUAGAAACACAAGCCGAACAACCUAACAGUGAAAUGCAAAAAGAUGUAUCUGAUGAAAUUUUAGCUAAGAAAUUCAAGGCAUUUAAUAAAAGGAAAAGACCUAUGGAAACUCCUAGCAAAUAUUCAUUCAUUAAGAAAAGAAAGUAG